GCAGACAGAGAGGCGGCGGCGCACAGUGAAGCUCUCUGGUUCAGCGCUUCUCCAGGGGAGGAUAUAAAGCCACCUACAACCCAACAAUACAAACCUCAUCCCCCCUUUCUCCUGCUUCUUCACGGACUAAAGCUGCACACCAACUUUUAAAGCAACUUUUCCACAAACAAAACCAGUCGUGGCACAAACUACCGCCCGUCGCAUUCAGGGAUCCUGCUCGGUCCUCCAUGAAAGAGGGAGUGCGGCAGCAAACUUGGGGAAAAGAGAUGUCUGCGACGGUUUUGUCCGCUUUCUACGACAUGGACAUGCUUUACAAGCAGGAUAAAAGCAUGAACAUGAACGCGCUCCACAUCAACAGCAUGCUGGAUAAGAAAGCAGUGGGAGCUCCGGUCACCUCUCCGGGCUCCGGUGGAGCCUUCACACCGGGAUUUAUCCGCAGAAACUCAACCAGCAACGUGGAGGCGAUAAACAACGGGAACAAAUACUCCGUGGGCUCAUACAGCAGCCUGAAGGAAAACACACCGAGCAGCAGCAGCGCCACGGCCCUCAUGAACAAGGAGAACAAGCUCCGUGACCGCGCGUUCAGUGAGAGCGGAGAGCGGGGCGUGCUGCAGCAGAAGGCCGGCUCCCAGAUCAACUCCACCCGUUACAAGACCGAGCUGUGCCGGCCCUUCGAGGAGAACGGCUCCUGCAAGUAUGGGGAGAAGUGUCAGUUUGCUCACGGUUACCACGAGCUCCGGAGCCUGUCCCGCCACCCUAAGUACAAAACAGAGCCGUGCCGCACUUUCCACACAAUCGGCUUCUGCCCCUACGGCCCGCGCUGUCACUUCAUCCACAACGCGGACGAGCGAAGGCCUUCCCCGGCCGCCAACGCCAACCUGCAGGAGCCCCGUGCAGCGCGCGAGCUUUGCGGCUACAGGGACGUCCUCCCCCCGCAGCAGCUCGGCUUCACCCAGCGGGACAGACCAAAGCUCCAUCACAGCCUCAGCUUCUCGGGCUUCUCCACCCACCACGGCCUCGAGUCUCCGCUGCUGCACAGCCCCACAUCCCGGACCCCUCCUCCGCCCUCGGCGUCCUCCUCCUGCACCUCCGCCUCCAGCUUCUACGAGGAGGUGCUCUCCCCCAGCUCCGUGUCCUGCAUCCACAAUGCCUUCUCGUUUCCUGGACAGGACCUGAAAGCCCUACUGGCCCCCCUGGCUGUGCACACCCCCAGCUACAACAACCACUCCACAGGAGCAUACUACGGGAACGCGCCCGGCAGCGCGUGUCCGCCCUCCCCUCCUUCCUACAACCUGAGCCACCUGCAGGCGCUGCGCUGCCUCAGCGACUCCCCGGUGUUUGAGCCUCCUCCCAGCCCACCAGACUCUCUCUCUGACCGGGAGAGCUAUGCGAGCGGGUCCCUCAGCUCUUCCGGCAGCCUCAGCGGCUCCGAGUCCCCGAGUCUGGACGCUGGAAGACGGCUGCCCAUCUUCAGCAGGCUGUCGAUUUCUGAUGACUGAUUGUUUAUUCGAGUUUGUUUGGAUUUAUGGACCCUUUUUCAGCAGCAAACCACCCUGCCCAAGUGCCUUAGAGCAAGACUUUGAGUCCCUGGCAGCUCCAGGGUGCUGAGCUCUGGAGGGAGAAGCAGGGAGCAACAAGUGUCCUUCACCUGGCAUUAGUUUAUAUCUCAGAGUAGAAACAUGCUUUGCACACCUGUUUUAUCACUCAGGUGUGCAGGAGAGGAAUGCAUCCUUUAAAAACUGCAUGCAAACUUGCAAAAAACAUGCCAAACUUGCAGAAUAACAUUUAUUGGUUAAAAUAAAUGUUGUUACGUGAGUUAGACAAGCUGCAAAAGUUUGCUUGCCUUAGUUCUUUCUUUCUGUAUUAUAUCUGUAUUAAAGCUUAGAUAGCAAACAGAAGGCAUUCCAUCAGUGCCUUGCCCAUGGGCUCACGGCAGGCCCCCACCCCCCCCCACCC